AAAAAUUACAUUAAAAAAUAAAUUUAUAAAGAUUUAAGAAAAAUUCAUUUUUUUUCAUAUUUUGCGCAUAAAGAAAAAAAAAAAAAAGAAAAUGUUUCGUAGGAAUUUUAAAAUAGUUUUUCGUCCAAUGAAAAAUAGUUUCGUUUUAUUGCCCGAACAUUAUUAUAAUCUUUGUUCUACUUAUGAUAAUGGGUGCCUUAGUAUGAUUAUAGGAAAUCAUAGCCAUUUUGUAUCAUGGGUUCCAUAUUCAGGAAAUGUUCAAGAAACUGAAAUAGGAAUGAAUGCACGUGUUGCUAAAGAAUUAGGAAUAAAUGAAAAUGAUGAAAUAAAGGUUUCAGUUGUAGCAGAUGUCAUUCACCUCAGAUCUGUAUAUUGUACACCACUUACAGCUAAAGAUUGGGAAAUAAUUGAAAUGAGCACCGACAGAAUUCAAACAACAAUGUUGGAACAAACAAGAAUCAUAAAUUGUUCACAACUUUUAUUGGUUUGGGUCAAUAAGAGUAUGACAGUAUCUUUCACAGUCGAUCGUGUUAAACCAAAUGUUGCAUUCGGCCGUAUCGAUCAUAAUACUGAAAUUAUAGUUACUCCAAAUCUUAAUCAUAUAGUUCAAAAUCAUCAUACAAAUGGCAUAGCAGAGGCUAAAGAUAUUUUAAACAGAUCUAAUCCUUUAACAAAGUCGCUGAAUUCAAAUAAUUUAAUUGAAUCACAAGUUCAAAAUGGAUCCAAAGCUUUACCUUCUUUUUUAUCAUCAGCAGCUUCAUUACCUCCUACACCACUUUCAACAACAAAAUCACAAGCAAAUCUUCCAAAUAUCUUCUCUAACCGUCCGUCAAAAUCUCAAUCGAAUUCGUCAAUUUCUUCAGCAUCGUCUGGUUUAUCUAAAUCUCAAACAUAUUCUAAUAUGCCUAAUAUGCAAACAACACUUCAAAGAUCUAACUCCAUUAGAGACAUUCAAACAGUGAAGCGUAGCCCAUCUUUAACUAAUAAAACUACACGAGCGGAAAAAUUAGAUCGACUUACGAGAGAUUUAAAACGUGAAAAUAAUCGUUCCUUUGAGUUUCGUGUUAUUUCAGGCAAAUGGGAACAAGGCACUAAAAUAUCGGAUGUUUAUGUUACACAAAAUAAUUUACCAGAAUUUAUGGAUUUAACACAUUGUUAUCUUUUAAAAGUUCUUACUGUUCCACAAAAUUCAAAAGAUAAUCUAGAAACAAAGGAAUACUAUGUAAACAUUAAAGUAGUGGGUGAGAACGAAUCAUAUUUUCCUAAUAAUAUUCAUCGUACAAUUGAAAUUAAUGAAAAUUUAAUGAAAAUUUUAAAAAUUAGUGAAAUGGAAAGAGUAAUUUUGCAACCUAAGCAAAUAGUACUAAAUUUUGUUGAAAAAAUUGAAUUAUUUGCUAAUCGCAAAACUAAUUAUAAAAUUAUUGAAAAUAGUUUUAAACGUCAUGUAUUAGAAAAAACUAAAACUGGACCGCUCUUAUUGAAUCAAGACGAAAUAGUACGACUUGAAGAUGGUUUAAUUGUUACUGUGCGUAUUAGUCCAGAGCAUUUUAAAUAUUGUUUGAUUGAUGCACAAUUUCUUAAAGAAAGUAAAUUAUAUGCUGCAGAUGCUGCACACAAAAUUGAUCAUUUAUUAGAAUUAGAUGAAAAACGUGAAUCAAUAUUACAUUUAAAGGGUGAUGAUUUGAUUAAAAUUGAAAAAUUUCAAGAUAUUGUUGAUAAAAUUACUGAACAGCUUAAAAUGGAUUUAUGCUUAGAUAGUAGAAAUUCAAUAUUACGCCAAGGAAAUGUUUUAAUUUCGGGUGUUACGAAUUCUGGAAAAACUGUUAUUGUCGAACAAAUACUGGAUAAUUUGGGAAAGAAACCGUUUUGUUCUUUUUUCGAUAUUUAUCAUUGUACAAGAAACAAAGGACGUAAGGCUGAAGCAAUUCAAAAAGAUUUGCGUGCAAUAUUCUCGGUGAGUCUUAAAAAUGCUCCGUCCGUAGUAGUUUUAGAAAAUUUAGAUGUAUUAGCACAUUCAUCUGGAGAUCAACCAACACAAGAUGGUGAAUAUUAUAAUCGGAUUUCCGAUACAAUACAACAUUUAAUAGUUGAAUAUACUGCCACAAAUCCAAUUGCUGUUAUUGCAACUGUAUCGGAUGUUCAAAGUUUAAAUAAGCGUUUAUAUUCACCAAGAGGACGACAUUUAUUUCAUACAUUAGCAAAAAUGCCAGACUUGGAUCGGAAUGAUCGCGAAAUCGUUUUAGAAAAUUUGUGUGGUCAUAUUGAUUGCGAAAAUUUAGACUACACAAAAUUUUCGAAUUUGACGGAAGGAUACAAUAUGGGUGAUUUAGUUCAAUUUGUUGAAAGAGCAAUUUUUUAUGCUUAUAGAGCCAAUAAAGUGAGUCCAGUAAUGACUCGCAGUUUUCUGGAAAAAUCACUAGAGAAUACAAAUUCUUAUUGUUUGCAAGGAGUUCAAAAACAUAAAUCAACAAAGGAUAAUGAUGAUUCUUUAAAAGUUCAUCAAAUUCCAGGACUUCAGAAUGUUGUUACAGUUUUGGAAGAAGUUUUAGUGUGGCCGUCUAAGUUUCCUUCAAUCUUUGAAGAUUCUCCAUUACGGAAUCAAGCAGGUGUAUUAUUAUUUGGUCCACCAGGAACAGGAAAAACCUUUUUGGUAUCUCAAAUUGCUCAUACAUGGAAUUUGCGUACAAUAUCUGUAAAAGGUCCAGAACUUUUAGCAAAAUACAUUGGUCAAAGUGAAGAAAAUGUUAGAAACUUAUUUGCAAAGGCACGUAGUGCAAAACCAUGUGUCCUAUUUUUCGAUGAGUUCGAUAGUUUGGCUCCGAAACGUGGUCAUGAUUCAACAGGUGUAACCGACCGUGUAGUUAACCAAUUAUUAACAGAAUUAGAUGGUGUUGAAGGACUUCAGGGUGUAACUGUAAUUGCAGCAACAUCUCGUCCUGAACUUUUAGAUCCAGCUUUAUUACGAUCUGGUCGUAUUGAUCGUUUAGUUGAAUGUUCACUUCCAGACUUAAAAUCUAGAUAUCGAAUUUUUAAAGUUUUAUCAAGAACAUUAAAUCUUGAUAAUUCUGUUGAUUUUAGUAUUUUAGCUGACGAGACUACUAAUUUUACUGGUGCAGAUAUCCAAAGUAUAUUAACAACUGCCAAUAUGAUUGCUGUUAAAGAAAUUUUACAUAAAGUUAAUGGAGAAAAUAUACCAGAAAAAAUAUAUGUUUCUCAAAAACAUUUACUUAAGGCUUUAGAAGAUACGAAGCCAACAUUAAGCCUGACUGAUAUUAAUCGAUAUAAUAAAUUAUAUGCACGAUUCACAAACAAAGAACAUUCUUCAAGAGAUUUUGAUUUCGUUGCCAAAAGAGCUACUCUAGCAUAGGUGUAUUGUUUUCUUUUUUCAUAUUAUAUUAUGUUUUUGAUUUUAAAUUUAAAAUAAGAUUAAAUUAUAUAUAUUUUUUUUUUGUUUUAACAAAAUAUUUUUUCAAUGGGUUUGUUAUAGUAAUAUUUAUUAAGGUGAUUAUGUCUAUAUUAUUUUACUUGAGCAUAAUAUUAUUAAUGUUUUACUAUAAAGAUACUUUUUUGGGAAUGUUAUUUAAUUCUAAAAAGAAAUAUGCAUGUAACGACUGUAUACGUUAUACGUAAUGAUUUUAUUUUAAAAAAUUGAUUUUGUAAAUUUGAUUUUGUUU